GUUGAAAAAAAGAAUUUAUUCGGGAAGUACGUAGAGACGUAAUCCGAGUGAAAAAUAAAUCUUUUCAUCUAAUUUUAAUAUAGUUAAGUGUUAUUAUCAAGUGCAAUUUACAUGGAUAAUAUUUUAAUUAGUCUGUAAUUCGUGUGAUCAAGAUGAUAAUUGAAAACCCGGACGCCUUUAAAUCAUGGCUGACUUCCAUAUUGGAGCCUCUGUGCGACGCGGACCCUGCCGCGCUCGCCAAGUAUGUGUACGCGCUGGUGAAGAAGGACAAACCGCUGGACGAGCUGCGGGACGGCAUGCUGGACCAGCUGGACGUGUUCUUGCAGCAAGAAACGAAACCGUUCGUGGACAUGCUGUUCAAAGCCCUGGAGAAUAACGAGUACGUGCAGAUGAUGGAGAAGACACAUCCUUCUCCGCAGCCCGAGCAGGAGAUGGAGAAGGAACAGCCAGCUGAACCGGAGAAUCAUGUAGCCUGUACUGUGUCCCACUGCUGGGCAAAGCCCUGGAGAAUAACAAGUACGUGCAGUGUGAUGCACGUGCAGAUGAUGGAGAAGACACAGCCUUCUCCGCAGCCCGAACAGGUCGAGAAGGAACAGCCGGCUGAACCGGAGAAUCAUGCGCUGGAGAAUGACGAGUACGUGAAGAUGAUGGAGAAGACACAUCCUUCUCCACAGCCCAAGCAGGAGAUGGAGAAGGAACAGCCGGCCAAACCGGAGAAUCAUGCCCUGGAGAAUAACGAGUACGUGAGGACGAUGGAGAAGAAACUAGUUUCUCCGCAGCCCGAGCAGGAGAUGAGGAAGGAACAGCUGGCUGAACAGGAGAAUCAUGUCGGUACCGGGUCGGGUGCGGGUGCGGGUGCGGGUGCGGCGGUGGGCUCGGGCGGCGGCGUGCCGCGCGCGCGCUCGCCGCACGCGGGCGCGGCGCCGCGCCACCGCGUGGUGGUGUGCCGCGCACACACCGCCAAGGUGCCGCCACCCCCCCCGCCGCUGCCGCCGCAGAGGGAACAUACGCUCGUUAAGGUGUUACCAUUGACUGAACUUUUGGAAGAACCGGUGGAUCAGCCGCCUAGAAGGCGGGAUCGUAGAGAAAACAUGCGCGAGGACCGGCGCCGGCGCCGCUCGCGCUCGUGGGAGCGCCGUGCGCGCGCGCGCCGCCACCCGCCCCCGCACCCGCACCCGCGCGACCUGCGCGAGCCCGAGCGAGACGACCGCCGACGACCGCCCUCUAGAUCACCAUCACCCCGCGGCCGUUUCAGGAAUCGUAGCCCACCCGCCGUUUUAGACAGACCUAACACACGAUCUAGAUCCAGAUCACCGGUGCCCGUGCGUGAAAGAGAGCGCGAGCUAGAGCGGGACAGGCUGCGGCCGCGAGAGCUAGACAGAGACAGAAUGUCGCGCGACAGAGAACACAGGGACAGAGCCUCCAGGUCGAGAGACAGGGAACGGUCACGUGACCGUUCCCGCUCGCGCUCGCACUCCGUGUCGCCGGCGCGCGCGCGCGAGCCCGACCACUACAAGCGCCGCUGCCGGGACUUCGACGAAAAGGGAUACUGCAUGCGAGGAGACCUCUGCCAGUGGGACCACGGCGCAGACCCUGUAGUUUUAGAAGAUGCCGCGUUGACCUCUGUGCUCACCAUGCCUCCUGUAGUACCAGAAUACAAUCCCCUGACGCCGGACAUCUGGUGCGGCGCGGGGCCGGGCGCCUACCCGCCCUACCCGCCGCCUUCACUACCGCCCCGCGAACUCAUACCCAUACCCAGAUUACACGCCGCACCGCCCGGACCACCGCCGCCGGGCCCGAUGCGGCCGCCGGCGCCCAACAAGAAGAACUUCGACUACAACCGCCUCGGCGGGAGGAUGCCACCGCGAGCGCAGAACUCUGGUGCGAACUGCUCAUUGGAGGUGAAGAAGGUCCCCCGAGGCCUCAACGACAUCACGCAUCUGAACAACCACUUUGGGAAGUUCGGCAAAAUUGUCAACAUACAGGUGUGCUUCGAGGGUGACCCUGAGGGCGCUCUAAUAACGUUCUCAAAUCACACAGAGGCCAACGUGGCCUACAAGAGCACGGAGGCCGUGCUCAACAACAGAUUCAUCAAGGUGUUCUGGCACAACCCUGAGAAUAAACAAGAGAACCCUUCGCCCGGCGGACAACAGAAGCCGGCCAACAAACAACAGCCGACAUCGCACAACAAGGUGCUCAUAAACAAGGAGAACAUGAAGGCCACCGCCGACAACAAGCAGGCGCUGGCCGCCGCUGAAAAGGCGAAAGAAGCGGUCGCCGUAGCCAACGGAGCCGAGAAAAAGAAAGAGGCGCCCAAACCGAUAGAGAAGAGUAAACAAGUGAUGGAAAUGCACAAACGCGCGCAGGCGUUGUUGGAGACGCAGUUACAACAGCAGGUGUUGCUCAUCCAACGGUUAGAGGGAGGCAACGUGACCGGGCCGCAGAGGGCAGCACUGAUGGAGGCCAUCAACUCGGCUCAGGAAGGCAUCGAGAAGCUAAGGAAGGAGUUAGUGGCGUACAACAGGACGCUCCGACAGAUGCAGGAAGAGACGGUCGCGCGCUCCCUCUCGCGGCUGCAACUGGCUCAGGCAAACGCUAAAAAACCGAAGACAAGAGAAGAGGCGCAGAAGGAGAUCCUAGAUGCAGAGUUGGACAUGUUCACCAAACAGCAGGAGGGACAGGACGUGACGGACAUACAGAAGAAGAUCGCGGAGCUGCGCCGACAGAUGGCGCUGCAGUUCCCCGCGCACCCCGCCAUGCGCCGCCCGCACUCCAGGGGCGGCCGGUUCAACAGCGCGUCACGCUUCACCCGCGCGCCGCCCGCCUUCGUGAACCACAACCAGUCCGUCGACCACCGGCCUAGGGCGCUACUCAUCAGCGGCUUUGAGAGCGACGACUCUGAGGCCCUAAUACAGCAUUUUGCGCAAUUCGGCGAGAUCGUCUCGAAGGAGCUGAACCCGACGGUGCCCGAGCUGGUGCUGGUGUAUGCUGCACGAGCACACGCCGAGCUGGCCGCGCAGCAGGGCCGCCACUACAACGACCGCACGCUCCAGAUCACUUGGGUGGCCAACCCGAAGACGUUCGCGGCGGCCGCGCGCGCCCCGGAGCCCGCGCCGCGCGUCGACGUGCAGCCCGAGACGGAUAACGGACACGAGCAAUCGGUGGGUGCGACGGUGGACUCUCUGCUGCGUUUCGACGACGACGAUGAGGAGGACGGUGACCGCUCCUGGCGACGUUGACCCCGAGCCGGCUGGCGGCCAGCCAGGACACUCUAGUCUAGAUCUAGACCUAGCCCUAACCUAGCCAUACACUAAAUUAUACACUAAAAUAACCAACGAGACGAGAGCGAGCUGGGGCCUGUUCCUCAAAAGCUUGUAACUUGUAAUACAAACGGAUGUCACUUUGACAGCUUUUGGACCGCGAGCCACGAACAGAUAUCCAUGACCAAUCGUCUCCCGGGCGAUAACUUGUAUAUUGGUUAACGGCUAUGUAUGAUGAUCCCUCAUGGACGUCAGCUGGCACUAAAAAAAACUUUUUUUACAUGUUCAUGUGAUCAACCGACGGUCUUUCCACCGCGAUACAACCGGCUGACUAUUUUUUUAAUUCAUGAUAGCAUCUAAACUGUCAUCUGACAAAGUAUCAAGCGGGAGGCGAUGACUGACGAUAUUUGCACCUGGCCCGCG